UAUGGUCAAGAGGCUCUAUAUACAGUGCUGGGGAAAUCGGUUUUCUAUGAUCGGUUCUUAACCUAUGUUAUGUUCUGUGGUUAUGUUUAUUUCAGAGGCUCAUAACCUAUUCGCUCGAAAGCAGUAGUUUAUUCAGAGACAAGUACACUUGUCUCUGGUUUAUUUAAAAUUCAUGCUCCAAAGCUUCUGCUCUUGUGUUUCACUUGUUUACAGGUGAAAACAACGUCCUCAAACAUGUGUGAGGAAACGAUAGCAACCCUAAUCAAGGACAUAAAGAGCCUGAAAGAGCAAAUCCGCGAAAAGGAACAACUACUGGCAGCCCACUUGAAAGUUCAAUCAAAUGUUCCUUGCAAGUACUCAGAGGCGCUACAGACCAAUGAAAUUGCCCGCUACAGCCGCCAAAUGCUGGUAGACGAGGUGGGACUGGCUGGUCAGAUCAGCUUAAAGGCUAGCAAAGUGUUGAUAGUAGGAGCUGGAGGACUUGGAUGUCCCGCAGCUGUUUAUCUGGCAGGAGCUGGUGUUGGGCAAAUCACCAUAGUGGACUAUGACGAAGUGGAACUGUCCAACUUGCACCGGCAAAUCUUGCACUCGGAGGACGAUGUAGGGGCCUCCAAAGUCCACUCUGCUUACGACAAGCUGCACAGCUUAAACAGAUCCAUCCAGAUCAUCCCCUUAAAGAUGCACGUGAACAGCGCUUCAAUCAGCCAGCUGAUGAGCGACAACAGCUACGAUGUAGUCAUCGACGGCAGCGACAAUGUAGCUACCAGAUACCUACUGAAUGACGCCUGUGUGCUGAACAAAAUGCCCUUGGUAUCGGGCAGCGCCUUGCAAACAGAAGCUCAGCUCACAGUGUACAACUACAAUAAUGGGCCGUGCUACCGGUGUCUGUUCCCAGUGCCUCCGCCCCCCGAUACAGUGAAAAGCUGCGGAGAUGGAGGAGUUCUAGGGCCAGUUCCAGGCGUUAUCGGCUGCCUCCAGGCCUUGGAAACGAUCAAAAUCCUCACUAAAUCAGACGGAGUUUUGGCGGGGCGUUUUCUACUGUUCGAUGGCUCCACAUCAAGGUUUCGCACGGCGACGCUGCGCCCCCGAAGCCCUGAAUGUGCUGUUUGUGGCCACCAUCCUACUGUUAAGGAGCUUCAAGACUAUGAACAAUUUUGCGGCGCUGGGGCCCAUGAUAAGGUAGUUUCUAUCGAUAUUUUAAGGAGCGUUGACCACAUCAACCCGCAGCAGCUCGAGAAAGUUUUGGAAGACUCUCUGGUGGUGGACGUGAGGGACCAGGCGCAAUAUCGCAUGUGUCAUCUGCCCAAAACCGUUAAUAUUCCCUAUGGGGAGAUUCUGAAGGCCGAGGGCGCAAAGAAAUUCAGCGACUGCUUGGAGGCAGCGGGCAAACGUGAAGUUUAUUUCCUCUGUAGGCGGGGCAACGACUCACAGCGGGCCCUCGACCACCUUAAGCAGGUGUUUAGCGGGUCGAAUGUGAAUUUUUUUAAUGUCAAAGGGGGCCUUGAAGCCUAUUCCCAUAAUGUAGACGCGGAUUUUCCUAUUUAUUAAAUUGUUUUUUAUAAACA